GGGUAAGUCGGACCUUGACUAGCUUGACUACUGCACUUCUCUCCCGAACGUAGCUCUGACAAAUUUCACCAUGAGACAUACUGCCAGAGUCUUUCAGUCGCUUGAGCGACAAGCUAUGCGUGCCAAGAGCACUGCAUUCAUUGGUCUUGGUCGAAUGGGCUCAGAGAUGGCCUUCAACUUCUUCUCAAAGACAUUCGCAGAAUCACCUGAUACCCGCUUUGUCGUGUGCGACGCGCUCCCAACCAGUGCGAUUACCUUCCGUCAGAAUUUUAUGGCCCAGUUUCCUGGGGCACACAUCGACAUUGUGCUCACUCCCAAAGAGGCAGUGCAUGCUUCUCAAACAGUAUUGACGAUGCUUCCAUCCUCGCCUCAGGUCCAGACCGUUUAUUCUGAAGCAAACGGGGUCAUCCCUGCGUUGCAGUCUCUGAGCGCCGCGGAGUUGGCGCGCUCUCUUUUCAUCGACUCUACAACGCUAGAUGUUGGAAUUGCCCGAAGCGUUGCGGCGGAGGUGACGUCUGCAGGGGCGCAAAUGGUGGACGCACCCGUAUCGGGUGGCGUCACAGGUGCCAAAGCGGGCACGCUGGCUUUUCUUGUUGGCGGAACCGAGGGUGCUUUUGCGCUGUCGCAGCCGAUCCUCACCCACAUGGGCGCUCGCAUUAUCCAUUGUGGACCAUCGGGCGCUGGUCUUGGCGCGAAAAUAUGUAACAACCUUGUUCUUGGAGUGCAACAGAUUGUCGUCGGGGAAGCAAUGUUGCUCGGACAGAAGCUGGGUCUGGAUCCGCGCAUACUUGCAGGGGUGAUCAACAGUUCUACCGGCGGUUGCUGGGCUUCGUCAGUCAACAAUCCGGUACCGUAUUCGCUUGCCGACAAAUCUCCUCCAUGCGAACGUAAUUAUGAGGGCGGAUUUGCGACUGCUUUGAUGUUAAAGGAUAUGCUUCUCGCGACUGAUGUCGCGGCCUCUACCGACAGCCCAUUGCCACUAGGGAAAUCUGCACAGAAUUUCUAUGCCGAGACGUUGAGGCAUCGACCGGAUCUGGCACAAAAGGACUUCUCUUCUGUGUACGAGCGCCUGGAACAAAUGGGACGAGAAGAUUAAAGGGACCACACGGACUCGGACUUACAGAUAGCGUUGAAUAUAUCCGUUCCGCGCAGAAAGUAAAUAAUAAACGUUUGGGCGCGCCUGAGGGUUUUACUUGUGCCUACAAGCUCCCAUAAUGUCCUAUUAGUCAGUACUGUCCGGCGGCAACGAAAUUACGGAAUCAUUCAUGGUUGUACAUAAG